AUGUCUACGGAAGCGUUCUGGCAUGCUGUUAGCCAUGCUGCUAAAAACAAAUGGCAAAUAUCGCAGUUUUCCAAGGAUUGUUUUCUCUCUGAGCUCUUAUUGUUUGAUUUCAAAUGGAGAAUGGCUUCGUUGACUGCCAUUGUCAUAUGUCAGCCCGCGAAUUUGAAGAGGAUCUGGAGGAUGUGAUCAAGAGGGCCAGAGAGGCUGGUAUAAAGACUUUGGUUGCAGUUACAGAAGAAGUUGGAGAGUUUGCCAGAGUCCUCCAGCUGCAGGACAGCUAUCCAGAUUUGGUGGUUCCAUGUUUUGGCAUCCAUCCGCUGCAGGCCAGCGGGGGGCCUGAGCAACGCAGCGUGAAGCCUCAGGAUUUGGAUGCUGCCCUGCCACAGUUUUACGACCACAGAGAGCGCCUUGUUGCUAUCGGAGAGAUUGGUUUGGAUUUCACUCCGUGGUGUGCCCCCACUCAGCAGGACAGAGAUGACCAAAUGAAUGUCUUCAUCAAACAGCUCAACAUUGCCAAGGAGCUGGACCUACCUGUAAACGUCCACUCGCGAUCAGCAGCAAAGGUCACUAUAGAGACCAUGAGACAACAAGGUAUCAGCCGAGCUCUGCUCCAUAACUUUGCGGGGAAGCCGUCGGUUGCUCUGGAAGGCGUGAAGGCUGGUUACCUUUUCUCUUUCCCACCUGCUGUCUGCAGCAGCCAACAGAGAAACAAGCUAAUUAAGCAGAUCCCACUGGAGCACAUCUGUCUUGAAACUGACUCUCCUGCACUGGGGCCUGAAAAGCAUAUGAGGAACGAGCCCAGUAACAUCACUCUGCCUUGCCGCUACAUCGCUGACGUCAAAGGUCUGUCGCCACAAACUGUUCAGCUCGUGACUGCACAAAAUGCAUACAGACUUUUCCCCAAGGCCAACAGAGGCACACAGUAAAUCUGACAUGUAGGUGCAUUGUCUGUGCGUGACAAUCUUUAUCCAUUUUUUAUUUAGUAAUUACUUUUCAAGGUAUGAAAUGAAAUGAAGCUGUUUCUAGAUGAAAAAUCAAGAAAUAAAACACCAUUAGCAUCAAUCCUAAUCACAAAUAUGUCAUAUGCUUCACAUAUUAUGACAGUAGUUCCUCUGGAUCUUUGUUUUGAACUGAUGGAUUAACAUGAAAUAAAACAUCACCUCAGGA